GGGGCUCCCACAUUUCAGCAGGUGCCGGAGCUGGAGCUCCCGCCGCCGCCGCCCGUGCCUCCGGCUGCCGGCGCCCCUGCCUGUGGCUCUUCCUCCCCACUCGCCCGCUCCCCCUGGCGGAGCCGGCGCGCCCGGGGUGCCGCUCCCUGCCUGGCGCGCUCCGCACCUGGAGGUGCCUUGCCCCUUUCCUGCCCACCUCGGAAUUUCCCUGUGGCUCCUUUGAUCCUUCGAGUCUCCAGCUCCUCUCCCUUCCACCUGUUUCCCCCAAGAAAGGCAGGAUCCUGGUCCCUGCCACGUUUCUGGGGCCAUGGCUGGUCUGGGCCCCGGCGGAGGCGAUUCAGAGGGGGGACCCCGGCCCCUGUUUUGCAGAAAGGGGGCUCUGAGGCAGAAGGUGGUCCACGAAGUCAAGAGCCACAAGUUCACCGCUCGCUUCUUCAAGCAGCCCACCUUCUGCAGCCACUGCACCGACUUCAUCUGGGGUAUCGGAAAGCAGGGCCUGCAAUGUCAAGUCUGCAGCUUUGUGGUUCAUCGACGAUGCCACGAAUUUGUGACCUUCGAGUGUCCAGGCGCUGGGAAGGGCCCCCAGACGGACGACCCCCGGAACAAACACAAGUUCCGCCUGCAUAGCUACAGCAGCCCCACCUUCUGCGACCACUGUGGCUCCCUCCUCUACGGGCUUGUGCACCAGGGCAUGAAAUGCUCCUGCUGCGAGAUGAACGUGCACCGGCGCUGUGUGCGUAGCGUGCCCUCCCUGUGCGGUGUGGACCACACCGAGCGCCGCGGACGCCUGCAGCUGGAGAUCCGGGCUCCCACAGCAGAUGAGAUCCACAUAACGGUUGGCGAGGCCCGUAACCUAAUUCCUAUGGACCCCAAUGGUCUCUCUGAUCCCUAUGUGAAACUGAAGCUCAUCCCAGACCCUCGGAACCUGACGAAACAGAAGACCCGAACGGUGAAAGCCACGCUAAACCCUGUGUGGAAUGAGACCUUUGUGUUCAACCUGAAGCCAGGGGAUGUGGAGCGCCGGCUCAGCGUGGAGGUGUGGGACUGGGACCGGACCUCCCGCAACGACUUCAUGGGGGCCAUGUCCUUUGGCGUCUCGGAGCUGCUGAAGGCGCCCGUGGAUGGCUGGUACAAGUUACUGAACCAGGAGGAGGGCGAGUAUUACAAUGUGCCGGUGGCUGAUGCUGACAACUGCAGCCUCCUCCAGAAGUUUGAGGCUUGUAACUACCCCCUGGAAUUGUAUGAGCGGGUGCGGAUGGGCCCCUCUUCCUCUCCCAUCCCCUCCCCUUCCCCUAGUCCCACCGACCCCAAGCGCUGCUUCUUCGGGGCGAGCCCAGGACGCCUGCACAUCUCCGACUUCAGCUUCCUCAUGGUUCUAGGAAAAGGCAGUUUUGGGAAGGUGAUGCUGGCCGAGCGCAGGGGCUCCGAUGAGCUCUACGCCAUCAAGAUCUUGAAAAAGGACGUGAUAGUCCAGGACGACGAUGUGGACUGCACGCUGGUGGAGAAACGUGUGCUGGCACUGGGGGGCCGGGGUCCUGGCGGCCGGCCCCACUUCCUCACCCAGCUCCACUCCACCUUCCAGACCCCGGACCGCCUGUAUUUCGUGAUGGAGUAUGUCACCGGGGGAGACUUGAUGUACCACAUUCAACAGCUGGGCAAGUUUAAGGAGCCCCAUGCGGCGUUCUACGCGGCAGAAAUCGCUAUCGGCCUCUUCUUCCUUCACAAUCAGGGCAUCAUCUACAGGGACCUGAAGCUGGACAAUGUGAUGCUGGAUGCUGAGGGACACAUCAAGAUCACUGACUUCGGCAUGUGUAAGGAGAACGUCUUCCCCGGGACGACAACCCGCACCUUCUGCGGGACCCCGGACUACAUAGCCCCGGAGAUCAUUGCCUACCAGCCCUAUGGGAAGUCUGUCGAUUGGUGGUCCUUUGGAGUUCUGCUGUAUGAGAUGUUGGCAGGACAGCCUCCCUUCGAUGGGGAGGACGAGGAGGAGCUGUUUCAGGCCAUCAUGGAACAAACUGUCACCUACCCCAAGUCGCUUUCCCGGGAAGCCGUGGCCAUCUGCAAGGGGUUCCUGACCAAGCACCCAGGGAAGCGCCUGGGCUCAGGGCCUGAUGGGGAACCUACCAUCCGUGCACAUGGCUUUUUCCGCUGGAUUGACUGGGAGCGGCUGGAACGAUUGGAGAUCCCGCCUCCUUUCAGACCCCGCCCGUGUGGCCGCAGCGGCGAGAACUUUGACAAGUUCUUCACGCGGGCGGCGCCAGCGCUGACCCCUCCAGACCGCCUAGUCCUGGCCAGCAUCGACCAGGCCGAUUUCCAGGGCUUCACCUACGUGAACCCCGACUUCGUGCACCCGGCUGCCCGCAGCCCCACCAGCCCAGUGCCUGUGCCCGUCAUAUCCUGCACCCCAGCAUUCCAGCUCUGCCCCCGCGGGUUCUAGACGCCCCUCCCAAGCGUUCCUGGCCUUCUGAACUCCAUACAGCCUCUACAGCAGUCCCGCGUUCAAGACUUGAGCGGAGCCCGAUAUUCUUCCUGACCUUAGCGUUCUGGACUCUGCCCCAAUCGGGUCCAGAGACAGCACCUCACCACUAACCAUCCCCAACUCCAUGGGGUUCGACACUCCAUCUUGGUAGUUCUAUGCCUCCCCCCAGGCCCCGCCCCUGGGGAAAUAGCCUCACGGGGUUGGCUGUUCCAGACUCAGGUUCCAGAACAACCCUCAGCCUCUGAGGCCCCCCCGCCUCCACUCCAGUUCUAGAUGAGUGGGAGGCGUGCCCGCCUCCUCCAGUACGUCCCGCUGCUGUGCUCUGGGGAUUUCUGGGAUAUAUGGAGGAUUCUUUCCCCAGCGGCUCCCAAUCAGCUUUUGUUCUAGACUUCCCCAUCCCGAAGCCAUCACUCCUCCCCGCAGCCCGCCUGCCGUGCAUGGCUCCUGUCUGACUCGGACCCACCCCAACCCUCCCCAGUGCCUGCCACUCUCUGGGACUCUCCUCCUCCCCUCCUCUUCCCUUAGCCUCUCCCACCCGGCCACAGCUGCUGGAGAAUAAAUUUGGGAUGCUGAUGCUGAA